AUGUCUCGCAAUCGCGAUUCCCUCACCAAGGGAGAAAAAACUCUUCAGGAUCAGUCCAACCUGCUCCCGCGAAAGCAGCUCAUUCUCUGCCUGGGGAUUGUAUCUCUCGCGCAGCUCAUCUCCUUCAUCGAUCAAAAUGGCAUUUCCACUGCUUUGCCCACCAUCGCCGCCGACCUGGAUGCCCGGAACAGCAUCUCGUGGGCGGGAACGGCCUCUCUUCUGGCCAACACGACAUUUCAAAUGCUCUACGGGCGGCUGUCAGACAUCUUCGGCCGCAAAACCAUCUUCAUCUCCGCCAUUCUGCUACUUGCGAUUGCAGACCUGGUCUGCGGCCUGAGUACGAAUGCAGCCAUGUUCUAUGUCUUUCGCGGAGUCGCGGGAAUCGGCAGCGGCGGGAUCACAAAUCUUGCCAUGAUCAUUACUUCGGACGUUGUGACUCUGGAGCAGAGAGGAAAAUAUCAGGGAAUUAUCGGGAGUAUGAUCGGACUGGGAAGUGUCACCGGUCCCUUUCUAGCAGCCGCCUUUGUCUUGCGAUCGACGUGGAGAGGGCUGUUUUGGCUGCUGGCACCGCUGGGGGUGCUGAACGCGCUGGUCGCAUUUUGGUUCCUGCCGUCUAAGAACCCGACCACAACAUUCAAAGGCGGAAUGAAGAAGGUCGAUUACUUGGGCGUACUGACCUCCUCGCUUGGAACGAUAUUCCUGCUGAUUCCCAUCUCCGGAGGUGGCGCAUAUUUUGCCUGGGGCUCCCCACUGGUGAUCAGCAUGCUUGCCAUCGGCACCGCAUCGCUAAUACUAUUUGUUCUCGUAGAGUGGAGGUUUGCUAAAAUCCCCAUGAUGCCAGUCGCUGUCUAUCGCAGUCCUGCAAUCGUCAUCUUACUACUUCAGAGUUUCCUGCUUGGUGCUGUGUACCAAUCAACGGUGUAUUACAUCCCUCUCUACCUUCAAAAUGCGCACCAGUACUCUGCUAUUGUGUCUGCCGCUAUUUUCUCCUCGCUGGCCGGGAUUCAGGCCGUCAUGUCCGCACUCUCUGGUCUUUGUAUCACCCGUUUCAAGAACUACGGACAGGUCAUUCGUUUCGGCUUCGCAAUGUGGACCCUCGGCGCAGGUCUCAUGCUCAUGUUCAUGAGGGACACCAAUCCGGGUGUCCUCGUCAUUAUCCUACUUAUUGCCGGAGUUGGGGUGGGCUGCGUAUUUCAGCCGAUGCUAGUAGCAUUGCAAGCACAUUCAACCAAGGCCAGACGAGCGGUUAUAAUCUCAAAUCGCAACUUCAACCGCAGUGCUGGCGGCGCAUGCGGCCUGGCCAUAUCAGCGGCGGUUUUGCAGGCGCGACUUCGAUCGACACUUCCGGCGCAGUACUCUGAUCUCGCGGAUUCUCCAUACUCCUUACGUGAUAUCGGUAUCGCUAUUCCAGCAUCCGUUCUAGAUGCAUACAUGUCUGCUAGUCACCUGGUUUUCAUUGUACAAGUGCCGCUGAUUGGCCUAUGCUUUCUUGGCUCAUUAUUUGUCAAGGAUCGUGGGUUGGCCCCAUUGGAUGAGAACCCAGCACCAAGCACCAUUCACCCUGAUAAUGCAGCAGCCGGAAGUAAUUCAAAUGCCGACAGUGAGCUUCGAGAGAUCGAGACGCAGAACGGAGAACACUCCGCCGGUGAAGGUGCCGUGGCCCAAACCAAGGAUAAAAAGUCUUAA